AUGCAACAGAUGACAACGGCGACAAUGACCACAACUACAGGACAAGGCGGAGCAACCAUUACUUCUACCGCGCAGCACCAAAUUCAACCUAGCACUACUUGUUGUAUGAUGCCCCCACCAGUUCUUUUCCUUUUCUUCACACUUUUGAUGACAUCCAGUGCAACAGCGAUGCUCUGUGCCGCCAUCAUGACUGACCACUGGGAGCACAUAUCCUGGAAUCGAAAUCAAUUAGAACGACUAAGCAACAAAUCUUCAAUCGAAUUAGAAUGGUAUCUAGAUGGACGGGCAGCUAAGUUCUCAGUGUCAGAGGCGCACCGAAAAUCGUGGGAAGCUAAAGGCAAAGAACCUGAACUACCACGGCGAUACGGGACCAAAUUUAAUAAACCAGCUAUCGACAGCAGAGCCAAUGUAUUUCUGGUGCCCAUGAACGGUGGCAUUUGGACGCUUUGCAUUGAUCUCACAUCCGAAGAAAUUCGUUCAAUGUCGGUUGACGGAUUUCCACAGGUCGAUCAGUGCGUAAACUAUCUGGCCGGCAGUGAGGACGGCACUCCAUCAGCCAACGAAGAAAAUACCCGGGCCGAGUGGCAACACAGUGAGUUCCAGCCCUCUCUACAUCCGCAUUUGAGAAUGCAAAAUCUGUCGAUCUCUUGCUCACUGGUGUGCCUUAUAAUACUGGGCAGUGCCGCUCUGGUUGGAGCCUUCGGUGUAUGUCAACGGCAAAUUAGUGCAGUAUUGGUCACUGGCGUUAUGUAUCUCUUGGCCGCCCUGUUCGCACUGUUCACACUGAUGAUUAUACACUUCAAGCGACAGCAAGGCCGUCCGCUAUCGGAAAUUGAUUAUAGUGUCUCCAUCGAUGGAGUAGUCGCCGUGAAACCUGACUUUCUUUACGCUCAGCCGCUGUUAGAUGCUAGGGUAAUCGUGACCGCUUGGAGCCUGGCCCUGGGAUGGGGAGGCGUAGUCCUGUGCACAUUUACGUCGUUUCUAUGGAUAUUUUUAUCUAAGAUAAUGAGAUUUAAUCCGCUCUCAGCAAUGAUUUGA